AUGUGGAAGUGUUGGUUGGUUUCUUUUAUCUUGUUGUAUCUAUUAGCUAGAACGUCAUGUCAAAAAACCGACCUGGACUCGCCCAUCAAUUUGAUAUUGCUUCGUACUUUUCGAAAUUGGACUUACGAUACUUUCGGUAAAACGGGAACCGACGAACGAUAUAUGCAAGCAGCGAAAACCAUAAAUAGAACGCAGUCAUCCAUUCCUAUUAACAUCUCGUUCCCUUGCGAUGUAACAAAUGGUCGAUCGCCGAACGUACCAAAUUCUGUGCAUAAAUUAAGACCUGGCGAUAUUGAUGUUAUUGCCGCAAUGGGUGACUCGCUUACAGCCGCAGCUGGAGCUCUCGCGACUUCUAUAGUUCAUAUUUUAAUUGAAAACAGAGGAAUUUCACCGUCUGGUGGAGGUCAAGCCACAUGGAGAGAAUUUUUGACGCUACCUAAUAUCAUUAAG